UUUUUGACGUUUCACAUUCACACGUAAACAAAAACAUUAGGGUAAAUUAUUUAUUUGUAUGGUUUUAUUGUGGUAUGUAAUUAAGGAUGUAAAAAUCGUAUAUUAUUAAAAAGGCAGCAAAUUUUAAUAACAGAAUCUCAACGAUGAAUACCUCAACCGAUGAUGACGACUAUUGGAACACGAGUUUCACAAAAACGCAAGCUUUAAUAUUUGAUGAUGAUGUUCUUUCUACGCAAGAAAUUCUAGCUAUAGGCCAACAAUCUUCACCGGGGAAGGCAGAAGACAGUAUAUUUAGUAGCGUACUAUCGAACACAAAACCUUCUUUGUUGCCUCUAUCAAGCCUGGUUUCUCCUCAAAUUUUGGAAUUAAUUCUUCAAGCCCAGUCCGGUAAGACGUCUAGCAAGGAACUGAAGACAGACCCUGAGACAGUUGCUGUGACCCUAAAGCGAUUGGUCCUUGGACGGACAUACUCUAUGCAUGUGCAUAGGAGUCUGAAGAGCAAGAAGGAACUACUCGAUGGAGCUAUUGCUAUCGGAGAUGGCAAUGCUAUACUUACGGUGGUCCUGUUUCUAAUACAAACACUGAAUAAGAAGCUGGUCUGUGAACUCUUGACUUCGAGGCCUCUAGCUCUCAACCACUACAUCAGUUUCCUACGUAAUGAGGGCAAGAUCACUGAACUUACUGACCUUCUCACAAUGCUUGGAAGGAGUCAUGAAGCUUCAAUAUACCAAUUCUACCACCACAUAAAGACGCAGGGCAACAACGUGGAUGGUAUGCUGCGAAAGCUCGCCAACUUGCUCGCCAACCACUUCACACAACCCGGGGUCGAUGUCCAUCAAUCCAAGAUGGUGGCAGAUUACGUCAAGCUAUUAGAAUGGCAGAAACACGUGAAUAAACCAGACCUGAUGAACUUGUCUCCUCUCGAUUGCCUAUCGUACUGCUGCACACAUCACUGGCAUGAGACUUCCGGCAAUAUGAUGUCACCCAUGACUGUGUGUCAAAGACAACAGAUCCCACCGCGUCAGUACGAUUGGGUGGUCCUCAACGUGCAAGGUAGACUGAAGAAGUGGGACGUAGUGGAGUCACUGUUUACUAAAAAGGAUUGGUUCGGACGCACGACAGUGUCGUCGCACAUACCUAUGGAGACACUGCUGGCCAGACUGAGUCAACUUCAAGCCAGUAGCAAACUGCUGGCCACAUGUGUUGGGGGCGCCAGCUCUGAAAACAGCUUGAAGUAUUCCCUUAUGUACAAGAUCCAUAAUGUGGUGAUAGAGACGUACGCGAAGAACAAGGACAGAAUAUCGCUGACCAAUUACAAGAUGACGCUCAGUCCGCAGUCAGAGGAGUACAUUCUAGCUGAAAACACUUUGAGAGAUAACUCAAUAAAAUGGAAGAAUUGAGAAGUACCCCCAGUUUUUGAAGUACUCAAAAAAACGGAUUACUAUGUAAUUUUUAUACGUAUUUAAUAUUAAUCCUAUUAAUAUUAUAAAUGCGAAAGUUCGUAAGGAUGUAUGUAUAUGUUACUGUUUCAUGAAAAAUCUACUGGACGGAUUGUUAUGAAAUUUGGUACACGGGUAGAAUAGAAUAUAACCGGGCAUAACACAUUGGCUACUUUUUAUCCCAAAAUUCCAACGGGAGCGAAACCCUGGGGCGCAGCUAGUUCCUCAUAAAUAGGUACUAUACAUUUUUAUUGACGUCUGUAUAAGUGAAUACUGUGUAAUGUUCGUAAGAAUUAAAAUAUUUUGUAUGAAAUAUUUUAUAAAUAAUUUGUGAUAUUAUUAAAUGUAUUCUCAAUGUUACAAAUAUAUUUAUUCAUAUCUA